AGGAAACUGCCAAGUGCAGUGUCAGUCUGCACAUUCAAAUUGGCCUACGACGGGACAGGGAUAACUUGUCCCUAGAUGUUUCCGACCGAGAUAAAAAUGUGAAUGAUAGCGGGUGGUUGUAGCUGUUAGAUGGCUGUGGAACUCGGUGUGCAGCACGGGUUUCCGGCGGGACGCUGAGUUAGUUUCACCAGCGGAACCAGCUGGUCGGGGUGUGCGCUGCGAAAUAUGUCCGUCUCUUUGUUUUGAUUGUAAUCAAUGCUUGAUACACCUUGGUAAAGGAUCCUGCUGCUGAAUAACAGAACCUGAUUCGGUUUCAACCGCACGGCCUAAAUAAGAUGGUCAAUUAAAGAUGAUUAGAACAGCGAAGAAGAUUGGAUCUACGUGAUACAUAUGCACCGCUGAGUUCUAAUAAGGCUCAUUCCUGCUCUGGGGAGAACCGGACAGAUUCUAAAAGAAAAAGCCAGUUCCCUGCGACACGCUGAAAAUCCGUGAAGCCAGGCAGCAGUAUGUCAGAGUCCACGGUGGGCUUUCAGUCCCAGCUCGCCUCCGUCAUGGACAUCCUGUUCAAGGCAGCGGUGUAUGAAAUAACCAAGCUCGUGGAGGGCAGCUUCGCCAACCUGCAGGUGGCGAUCGCCCAAACCAUGAAGGAAAACGACGCCCUCAAGCUAAGGCUGCAGUUAUCGGAGUCCAGGUUGUCAGGAGCGAACAGCCGCUGUGUGGGAGUUCAGGCCUGUGUGGAGACCGCAGGGAGAGAACUGAGAGGAGGUGUAGGCGGAGUGAAGAAAAAAAGGGCCUCCUCUGUGAGGGAAGGCUUUGGCAGAGAAUGGUGUGACAGCCUGUGGGAAGUCAAGGAGCCCAGCGCCGUGGAGAGUGAGGAAGUCGCUGGUGUGCGUCCAGUCUGCCCUACAGAGGAGGCAGCUGAGCUGCAGGCUGUCAUCGUUAAAGAGGAAGAUGUAGACCUUGGGGAUCACAGUCCUGAACCGCUUGUUAUCAAAGAGGAGACAUCCGAAGAGGUCUCGGUUGGCAGGCACUGGCAGGAUCGACUACUUUUCACAAUUGUAGAAGCCGGCACUCUCCUGGAUACCAAUUCCACAGAGGGGCAGCAGGGCCCCGGUCUGAGGUUGGACACCGUGCCCACACUUAUGGAAAUCAAGGAUCCACCUCCCAUGCAGUGCAGGACCAGACAGGAUGGAGCGGCGCACCUUAGAUUGCAUCGGCAUAUUCACACGGGGAAGAGACCGCACUGCUGCACCCAGUGUGGGAAGAGCUUCAACUACUCGGGUGACCUCAAAGCACACUACCGCAUUCACACGGGAGAGAGACCAUAUAUCUGUGGCCAGUGUGGGAAGAGCUUCGGUCGUCUGGGAGUCCUGAAGGACCACCAGAAAAUUCACACAGGGGAGAGACCCCACUCCUGCACUCAGUGUGGGAAGAGCUUCAGCCGCCUGGGAGUCCUGAAGGACCACCAGAAAAUUCACACAGGGGAGAGGCCCCACUCCUGCACUCAGUGUGGGAAGAGCUUCAGUCAUUUAAGCAACCUGCGAAGACACCAGCGCAUUCAUGUAGGAAGGCAAAAUGCAGCUUCAGGUCAUCACAGUGACUCCUAGUUCUUGGACAGGCUCAGUCUUUUCCUGCUCCCUGGCAUGAGCACAAGAAAUUCUGUCUGUGCCUUUCACUGAUUGCAAAAUCAAAAACCUAGAAUUCAAAUUAAACUACUCAACUGAG